AUGUCGAAGGGGCAGCGGGAGCAGGCCCAGGGCACAUCCCAGUUGGCGAGUGCAGGUGGCUUUUUGCCUGCUAUGAAACAGAUUGGGAAUGUGGCUGCAUUACCCGGCAUUGUUCAUAGAUCAAUAGGCCUUCCAGAUGUCCAUUCUGGCUAUGGAUUUGCCAUUGGCAACAUGGCUGCCUUUGAUAUGAAUGAUCCUGAAGCAGUGGUUUCACCAGGUGGUGUCGGAUUUGACAUCAACUGUGGUGUCCGCUUAUUACGUACGAAUUUGGAUGAAAGCGACGUGCAGCCUGUGAAGGAGCAGCUUGCCCAGGCUAUGUUUGACCACAUUCCUGUUGGUGUUGGCUCCAAAGGUGUCAUCCCCAUGAAUGCCAAGGAUUUGGAAGAGGCACUAGAGAUGGGCGUGGACUGGUCCCUCCGGGAAGGCUACGCCUGGGCAGAGGACAAGGAGCACUGUGAGGAGUAUGGAAGGAUGCUGCAGGCUGACCCCAACAAGGUCUCCUCCAGAGCAAAGAAGAGGGGUCUGCCACAGCUGGGGACCCUGGGAGCAGGAAAUCAUUACGCCGAGAUCCAGGUUGUGGAUGACAUUUACAACGAAUAUGCUGCCAGAAAGAUGGGCAUCGACCACAAAGGGCAGGUGUGCGUGAUGAUCCACAGUGGCAGCAGAGGUCUGGGCCACCAGGUUGCCACAGAUGCGCUGGUGGCUAUGGAAAAGGCUAUGAAACGUGACAAAAUCAUAGUGAAUGAUCGCCAGCUGGCGUGUGCCAGGAUUGCCUCCGCAGAGGGACAGGAUUACUUGAAGGGAAUGGCAGCUGCUGGGAACUAUGCGUGGGUCAACCGCUCCUCUAUGACUUUUCUAACAAGACAGGCCUUUGCCAAAGUCUUCAACACAACCCCAGAUGACCUUGAUAUGCACGUUAUCUACGACGUGUCUCACAACAUUGCCAAAGUGGAGCAACACGUAGUGGAUGGAAAGGAGCGAACUCUGCUGGUGCACAGAAAGGGAUCAACCAGGGCCUUUCCUCCUCACCAUCCUCUUAUCGCUGUUGAUUAUCAACUGACUGGACAGCCUGUAUUGAUCGGUGGGACUAUGGGCACCUGUAGUUAUGUUCUUACUGGCACAGAGCAAGGCAUGACUGAGACCUUUGGAACUACUUGCCAUGGAGCUGGUCGUGCGUUGUCUCGAGCCAAAUCCCGACGUAACUUGGACUUCCAGGAUGUGUUGGACAAGCUGGCUGACAUGGGCAUUGCCAUCCGUGUUGCUUCUCCAAAACUGGUCAUGGAAGAAGCACCAGAGUCUUACAAGAACGUGACAGAUGUGGUUAACACCUGCCAUGCAGCUGGCAUCAGCAAGAAAGCCAUUAAACUAAGACCUAUUGCUGUUAUAAAAGGCUAGCAGCUGACAAGGCAGCAGAAAUGCACUGACAUCUCCAGGCCUUAUACAAAGCUGACUAGAGCCAUCAUCUUCCCACACCUCUUGGACUCUGUAGGAUUCUCAGAUAUCACAUCCCCGUUCUGAAAACACAACACUUGAUGAUACCCCUAUUUCUAACCACUCCUAGGCAUAAUUAAUGCCUCCCCCUCCCCUCCUUGUUAUAUGGUGUUCUUUUCUU